UCAUCAUGUUGCAGUUCAGUCAGUUAUAAAACCCCCUCAUCUCCUAAGGGACUUUCUUUCUAUGCUCCUGUGCUAUAGAGGAUUAGAAAUAAAACGCAGGUCAUCUUAGAAGUGCGUUUAAAAAGGAAAUAAAACCAGAAAAUUGCAUUUGUGGUGGGAGAGACUCACAGGAACCUUUAAACUGGUUAGAAGACAACUAAUUUUCUGUACCUGAUCAGCUGCUGUAUCUUUAGAGGAUGCUGUCGGAAGGUUACCUUUAUGGAAUCGCCUACCUCUGUGAAGACCUGAACUCUGAACUCUACAGCAAGAGUUCAGCUGAGGAAGUUGUGUAUGAAAUGAGGUCCAUUAAUUUUUCUUCCACGGAUGAAGCACAAGGAAAAAGCCUUCUUCAGAGAUGCAGAUCUGCUGGCAGGUGCAUUUCCUCAGUCUGCUCUAGCAAGCACAGCAGAAGGCAGAAGGAUAAUCUCCUACAGCCUACACAGCACCCUGCAUCUGAAGGGCAGUCAUCCCCAGCUCUGCAUGUCUGUGAGGGGCUGACAAAAAAAGACACCUACCUGGUUCCACCUUCCUGCAAAAGCAUUUGCAAGAACUACAAUGAUUUGCAUAUAGCUGGGGACUAUGUGGUGCCGAUCAGCUCAGUCACAACAGAUUUUACCUGUGACAGUGGCAUAGGCCCCUUCUUGGAGUCCUCAGAGAUUCCUCCCCCCAUGGACUCUGUGAGGAUCCCCCCCAGUGACACCAACCGCAAACCGGUCCAAGGCUAUUCCUCGUGCUGGCGGCUGGCAAGCUUAAUGCCCCAUCAGCAGCCCCUCUCAGACUCAGCCCUGAAUGACUACCUUGAACAGAAACUGAUGGAACUGUAUAAGCAGUACAUCAUGGAUAGCACAGCAAACAGAGCAUCCCCUACUCAGAUCCUGGCCUCAGAGCUUAUAAUGACUAACGUAGAUCAAAUCACCAUGCAGAUAUCACGGGAGAGGAAUAUGGAGACCACCAAGGCCAAAGACAUUGUUAUUAGCCGCUUCUUACAAAUAUACAGUGAAAAAAUAUCCUCAGAAAUUAGCACACCUAGUUUGCAUAUUUCCCCAUAUAGCCACACUAAUACAUAAUAUUUGAAUACUUGCCAUUAAAAGCUUUUAUGUUUUGCAAAGUCAGCUUCUAGUUUCUUAAGACAUUUUUCUGUUCCAUAAAAAUGCAUUUACCACCUACCAAUUAAUUAAACCUUCCAAUACAUAUUAAAUAAGUGAAAAUAUUUGUAAUGUGCAGCCCCCAUCAUGGGCCAGAUGCCAUUUUUUAAAAAAGAAAUAAAUGAAAGUUUUUCUGCAAGGGCUUAUUUCAGUGAGUCUCAGACAUUAAAAAAAGUUUUGUAGAGAAAUGACUAAGAGCGUAUGACAUUCUUCUAGUGCUUUUCCCCUCAUGUGCUUGACAUUUGAUCUCAACUUUCCUCUGUCUGGAGUCUGCCAUCUUACCCCUAGGACUGUGUGAAGUGAAGGCUUAUGCCUGCACAAGCACAAUCACAGAGGCACAGGAAUACAGAAUUUAGGAUUUCAUGUUGUCCAUCUCCCUGCCCCAAAUGGCUUUACUUAUGACAUCCCUCACAGAAUUUUUCAUAAUUUGUUCUUAAAGAUAUCGACUGAUAAGCUUUAUGGUUUCUUCUGUAUUAACCCGAAUUAUUUCACUGGUGUCUUCCUGUUCAAAAGUUACCAUCCUUUUUUUCUGAAGCAAAAACUGCUUACAAACAGACUUCAUCAGUAGGAAUGUCAGAGUAUAACUGUGUGUUUUGCACCGAGGUGAAGUUUUGCAAUGGAUGAUGGUGACCCAUGAUCACAGACAGACACCACUCUUGCCAGCUACUGUGCAGACCUGCGGCUGUGAAGUGGUCGUAUAGAGAUAGCGAUUAUAAAAAUAUGAAAGAGGAAGAAGAAUUCACUUUUGUUAAGAGAACUGUAUACUGCAAAACAGGGGUUAGUCCGAAGCACUUUUGAUUAAUGAAAAAAGUUCCUUUGAAUGCCUAAGGAAAGCUGAAACAGACUGCUGGGCAGCAUGGCUAACCUUUCUUUUGUUAGGAUCAUUGCUGUGUAAAAUAGGUCAAGGUCUUUUGAAAGUGAUGUGUUUCUAAUGGGAAGGUCCUGUUUUGCAAAAUUUCACUAAGUGUUAAAAAAUAAGGAAAGAAAAAAAACAACGGAGUGGCAUUGAGGCAAUGAUGUUAUCUACUUUGAGUCUGUAUAGAGUUUAACAUAUUGUUAAUGCCAAUCCAUC